GAUUUUAAAACACUUGUCUAAAAAUUAGUUGUUAUUAAAUUAUUACUCAAUAUGGAUAGAUUUCCAAUUGCUCAAAGCUUAAUACAAAACCUCCGAGAUGAUCUCGACCAAGACAUGUGUAAAUUUGCAGAAUUGAAGACUGAAUUAAAAAAUCUACGUAAUAAACAUGAAGAGUGUAUGUCGAACUAUGCUACAGAAUUAAAUAAACACGAUUUUCUUUCAAAGAAAAUGGCUAUAGCUGAAAAAGAGAAUGCCGAGGCUGCAAAUAUUGUAAAACAAGCAAAAGAAAAACAGGAUAAUUGCAUCAAUGCAAAAAAAAAAAUCCAAGAGCACUAUGAAUGGUUUAUGAAAGACAUUAAAAGUGAGCUGGAUUACUAUAAAGAAUAUAAUGGGCUGGAGUUGAAAAUAAUAUUGGAAUCGAACAAUAUAUAUCAGAUUAAAUAUACAUUCUCUUUCAACAAUGAAACUUCUUCAGACAAGUACUAUGUCCUUUGCGAGUAUAAUGAGAAUAAUGAAACUCAUAAAUUAUUAGAAAUGCAGCCUAAGCUAGAAUAUUUUCAUAUGCUACAAAAGAAGUUGGAAGUUGAUAAUUGUAUAAGUGAAAUGCUGGCUGUAGCGAGAUAUUUGUUUAAAAGGCUUAACGAAGAAGUCAAAAGCUGA